AAAGAUCUGGUAACCUUCUGCACAGGUUUUUUUGAAGUCAAGCAGUGCGUUGACUUCAGGGUUUGAAGAUGAACCGGAUGUCGACCGGAAAAAAGGCGCCGGCGAAUGAGAAUAUGGUGAUAGGGGUGAUUUUGACAUUUAAGGUAAUGUAUAAGGGUUAAUUGGUCAUUUGUUUGCAAACAUGUCUUCAACACGGGAUUGUCCAAACACCCUCGUACAGGUAAACUCGAUCAUUAUGUAUAAUUAUAAUUCGUUACAAACAUAAAUGUAUGGUACACUAAAGUUUAGUCAUGGUUUAAAUGCUUUUUAUUAAUAUGAAAAGUUGUGGAAAGUAUACAUACUAUUGCUGUUUUUGAAAAAUGGACACACACGUAAACAAAAAGCCGCCAUUCAAUUGACUUGACUAAACAUGGUGGAAUUUAAUACCAUUUGAAUUGCAUCUAAGAUGAAUAAAUAGUUUUGUGUUUGCUUUCAAGUUUUGGAUUAUUAAUGGAGGACCAAUACAUACAUCUAUUAUUCUUUGUUGCUUUCAUCUUGCUGUUAUUAGAUUGCAAUUCACUAGACACCAUAUCUGCAAAUCAAGAAAUCAGAGAUGGUAAAACCACCCUUGUUUCCGAAGGAGAAAUGUUCGAAUUGGGCUUUUUUAGCCCCGGGAAGUCCAAGAACCGGUACAUGGGAAUAUGGUACAAUAAGAUAUCAUAUGGUACAGUUGUAUGGGUUGCUAACAGGGAGACGCCAAUCGCAGAUAGAUCAGGCAUGCUCAAACUCAACAGACAGGGAAACCUGGUGAUUUGCAGUGGUGGCAACCCAAUGGUCUGGUCAUCCAAUCCAGUGGAAUCUAUGCAAGGUAAUAAUUCGGUAGUGGUGGCGAAGCUUCUAGAUACCGGAAAUCUUGUUGUUUUGGAUGACAAUAAAACAAUUUGGCAAAGUUUUGACUAUCCUGGUGAUACAUAUCUACCAGGAAUGAAAUUCGGGAAGGACUUGGUAACGGGGUUACAGACUAUCAUGACAUCUUGGAAGAGUCCUGAUGAUCCUUCAGUAGGUGUGUAUAGUGAUAUACAUGACACCAAUGGAUACCCACAAAAUUUAAGGUUUCAGGGUGAAGUUUUGAUAGGAAGACUUGGACCAUGGCAUGGUCUCGGCUUCAGCGGCUUUCCUCUUGAUAAAACAAAUCAGAUUUACUCGUUGGACUUUGUCAUGAAUGAGAAUGAAAUCUAUCAUAUAUAUAAACUUAAAAGUUCGAUAGCUCAGAGGAUUAUUUUGACAUGGGAUGGCAGGACACUAACUUUGCAAUGGAUUGAGCGAAUCCAAGACUGGAUUGUGUAUGCAGAAUCUGAAGUAGAUAAUUGUGAUCGGUUUUCACUCUGUGGUGCGUAUGGAAUCUGCAACAUUAACAAGCAUCCACCUUGCUCUUGUAUGCAAGGAUUUGAACCAAGACAUCCAGAAGAAUGGGAGGGGUCAGAUUGGGCGAGUGGGUGUAAACGCAAAAAACCUUUGACUUGUGGGGAUGGAAAGGGGGAUGGUUUUCUGAAAAUUCCAGGAGUGAAGGUACCAGACACACGGCGAUCAUGGUAUAAUGAGAGCAUGACCCUCAGAGAAUGUGAGAUAGCCUGCAAAAGGAACUGCUUUUGUACAGGUUAUGCAAAUUUAGAUAUCAGAAAUGGUGGAAGUGGAUGUUUGCUUUGGCUUGAUGAGCUUUUGGACACUAGAGUGUAUGAUGGAGAUCAAGAUCUUUACAUAAGAAUGGCAGCCUCUGAGUUAGAAGGUGUUGUAAACUCCCGGUCCAACUUUAACAAAGAGAAAAGAACACUUAUAGUGGUGCUUAUAACUUCAUCAGUUGUGCCACUUCUCUUUCUAGUGGCAUAUGCCUUUAGAAAGACAAAGAAACGGCCUCACAUGAAAAGUCAAGGAAAGUGGUAUGUGUAUGAUGAAAAGAAUACAAGUCUACAGAUGGAACAACUUGAUGAUUUACAAUUUUUUAGCCUAUAUGAAGUAGCCAGGGCCACAGAUAACUUCAGUGUCUCCAAUAAGAUUGGACAAGGCGGCUUUGGUCCCGUUUACAAGGGCGUGUUGAAAAAUGGAAGAGAAAUAGCAGUAAAACGGCUCUCAGAAACAUCCCAACAAGGGCUCAGUGAAUUCUAUAAUGAGAUCAAAUGUAUUGCAAAACUUCAGCAUCGGAAUCUUGUGAAGCUUCUUGGAUAUUGUGUUCAUGAAAAUGAACUGAUUUUGAUUUAUGAAUACAUGACUAACAAAAGCUUGGAUUGGUUUCUCUUUGAUGAAACCAGAAGCUUGACGCUUAACUGGCCUCAACGAUUAAAUAUAAUACAUGGAAUAGCUCGGGGUGUUCUCUAUCUACAUCAAGAUUCCCGCCUUCAAAUUGUCCAUAGAGAUCUAAAGGCAGGUAAUAUUUUGCUGGACGGUGACAUGAAUCCAAAAAUAUCCGACUUCGGCUUAGCUAGAAAGUUUGUAGGACAUGAUACCACUGCGAAGACAAAGAAAGUGGUUGGAACAUAUGGUUACAUUUCUCCAGAGUAUGCCCUACAAGGGCAUUUUUCUAUAAAAUCUGAUGUAUUUAGUUUUGGCGUUCUCAUGUUGGAGAUAAUUUGUGGGCAGAGAAUUAGAGAAUUCUCCCAUGGAGACCGCUAUGAUAACCUUCUUGGACAUGCAUGGAGACUCUAUAAGGAAGGCAGGACCUUUGAAUUAAUGAGUGGAUCUUUACAGGCCUCAUGUGUGGUCUCUGAAGUACUAAGAUCAAUACAUGUUGCACUGUUAUGUGUGCAGAAUCACGCUGAAGAUAGACCAACAAUGUUGUCAGUGGUUCUGAUGCUGGUUGGUGAAGGUGCAUUGCCUGAACCUAAACAGCCCGCUUAUUUCAAUGAAGAGAGCUGCCGCGAACUUAAAAUUCUUCCAUCAGUUGCUGGAUGCACAAUAACACUAUUGUAUGCUCGAUAGCAUGCACAUUUUUAGGCCAAGAUUAUGUUCAGGUACCUGUUAUGGUUUAGAAAUGUUAAUACUUAGAUAGAAUAACACAAGGCCGCAUUUAGCUUCCACACAUGGAAUACACAAACCAUGUUAAAUAUUUUACUCUAGGACAAUGGUUCAAUAUUUCUUAUAGUAUUUACAUUGCUCAUUGAAGAUGUUGACAA